AUGGCAUCCAGAGUAAAUUCCAGUUUCACUUUGAUUCCCAACCAGAAACAUCGACGUAGUAAUCGUCGAUCCAGCUAUUUUUCCAACACUGUUAUCACAGAUUCUCAACUCUUAUCAACGCUUGGAAAUUUUAAAGCCUUGCCAUUGGAAAUAUUCCAUAUGAUCUUAAGAUAUUUGUCAGUGAAGGAUGUCAGCAUGUUAAGCAUGGUGUCCAAAACAGUCAGCCAGCACAUUAUUGAUUAUAUCUCAACCUCAUCAGGAAGCAAAAGACUUUUACUACAGGACUUUCAUAACCUUGAGCUGCCUGACGGGAGACAAGACUCCACUAUAUUGGAACACUACAGGUCUCUAGGUCUACUAUUUAAAAGAUGUACGUUGCUGCUACCCACAAAGGAAAGACUAAAGUAUAUUCACAAGACACUUGCAGAAGUUUCCUGUUUUAAAUUCAGUGGCUGUGCAGCUCCAUUGCAAUGUUUAGGAUUAUCAUGUUAUGGCAUGUUUUUACAGACCUUAACAGCAGGUUGGGAUGAACUGGAGUGCCAUCGUGUUUAUAACUUCUUAUGUGAGCUGACUAAUCUUCCCCGCAAGAUGCAGGCAGUUGUCUGCAGCAAACCAGGAAGUGCCCGAAAACUGGAGUUAAGGAUUAGACUGUUCUGUAGAAAUGCUCUGCUUGAUCACUGGACACAUCGAAGUGAUUCUGCAUUUUGGUUGACACGUAUAUUAAAACCAUGGCCAAUGGUGAAUCAGGCAAGAUUAUUGUAUAUCAUCUUUGGACCAAUAUCUCCUCAAGAUGGACAGGUGGUUUGGCAGAAAAUGAUAGAAGGACCUACAGAUGAACCCAGUCUGAAAGGUUUGGCUGAUGCCAUUAAAUUACUAUAUGACACAGGCACCAAAGAAUGGACAGUAGAUGAUGUUAUCAGUCUUGUAGAUGAACUAUCAGUGGUUCCCCGGGAGUGGCUUCUAGAGAAUAAUGCACGUCUCCUAAUCCUGAGUGGGAACAACAUCUGCUUUACUUUCAUGGCUAGUAAAGCUGUGAAUGGACGGGCCAUUGAAUUGGCAAGGUUGAUAGUCUUUUUGGCGUUGGUGUGCGAGAAAGAACUAUACUGCAUGGAUUGGGCAGUUAAAAUGAUGCAAAAAGUCUGUACAGUCUUUAGCACUCCAGUGGAAAGAAAUAACUUCCUGCAGAGUGUGGCAAAUGCAUUUGCAUGUGUUAUAAUGGAAAUGAUGCAAUUGAUUAUGUCUGAAGACCGUGAUGAAGAAAAUAGAAGCUUUUUGAAUUUGUUCUAUCUUGUGCAUGCUCAGGCUAACUUCCAUAAGGAGGUCCUAUAUUUGACCAUGAAUACUCUCUCUACGUAA